UGCAAAUGAGGCAAUCGGUCCUCUGAAGAACGAACACAGACGUGUAUCUUCCACUCACGAGACUCAGCAGGAUGGAGGGUCUAUUGCUGAGUGUGGUGUUGUGCACCCUAUUGUCGCUCUCGCUCUGCUAUGAUUCUCAGGAAAGCACCGAAUCCUUUGAAGAUGUGUUCAUGAGUCCUAACCAGGCUAACUCCUUCUUCAAUCCGUACCAAGGAAACCCCUACCAAAACCUCCCGCGAAACUACUACAACAACUACAACCUGAUGAGGACCAUCAAGUCUCCAGCGGAGCGGCGAGCAGAGACCUGUGAGGACUACUCCCCCUGUCGCUUCUACGCCUUCCGCCAUGGCUUCCAGCAGGCCUACCAGAGGUACUUCGGCUCCAGGAACCCGGCCCAGACUCCGGUCCAGGCUCCCGUCAGGAGCCCAGUCAGAAGUCCGGUCCAGGCUCCAAUCCGGAACCCCAUCCCGAGUCCAGUCCAGUCUCGUGGCCGGAAUCCAGUCCGGAAUAUAGCGCAGAGUCCAGUGCGGAGUCCAGUCCGGAGUCCGGUCCGAAAUCCGGUCCGGGGUCCGGUCCGUGGUCCGGUCCGUGGUCCAGUCCGGAAUCCUGUCGUGGCUCCUCCCCGAAGUCAGGCCAUGAAUCGAGGCCGGAGUCCGGUCAGGAACCUGGUCCAGAACCCAGGGUGGAACCCGUUUGGGAUCCGUCAGUACUAAACAGAAUCAGCUUCUGAAAUAUCAGUAUAUCCUUCUCCUCUGUGUGUUCACUGUGCUUUGGUUGUGGCCAAACUCUUUUAAGAUGAUAUCAGGCUAUUUUAAGUAAUUUUAUAAAUGUUAUAUAAUAUGUUGUUAUAGCAACCAUGGAGCCAGAGGGCCCUGUCAUGUGACUUUGAAUGUGAGUCAUGUGACUUUGGAGUCUGGAUCUAAGAUUGGCUAAGCUAAGACUAGGCUGUGCUAAGGUUAGGCUAUGCUAUAGCUAGCCCAUUCUAAGGUUUUGCUACACUAAGGUCAGUAUACGCUGUCAGGCUAAGCUAAGGCUAGGCUACACAAGGGCUCUGCUAAGGUUAGAGUACCGGCCAGGCUAUGCUAAUGUUACGUUACAGUAAGUUUAGGCUACACUAAACUACUUCAUGCUAUUACCAGGCUUCGCUAACGCUAAUCUACAGCUAGGCUAUGCUUAAGGGCUGAUUAUGGUCCCACGGUCAUGCAACGCAAGGAGGUUACGGCCCAUUACGUCCUUGCGGACCCUCCUUGCGUCCAACGAAAGGGCCUGACGGGCACCUCACAAAAAUGUCUAUCCUUUCGUCGAGGCGACACAGCAGCAAGGGCUGUGAUUGGUCGGCUUACUAAAGCCCGAUGCAGAACCAUAAAGGUUCACGACUGAGUCGAAGGGUCUGCUUGGUCAUUGCGUUGCGUGAACUUGGGACCAUAAUCAGCCCUUUAAUCUACACUACCCUCAGGCUUGCCCACUCUAAAGCUAGCCUGCACUAAGGCUACAAUAAGGCUAUGCUAGUCUCAAACACCGGAUUUCUGAUUACUGUUCUAACGUCUGAUGGCAGACAAGCACAGAUCUGGGUGUUUCUUUGUCUUUUGCUUCAUAUUUGUUUGGCCUACUCCUGUAGCUUGUAGUCGGGAUCUGUAAGAGCUUUAAGAAUAAAAUGAUAAUAAUAUGUAAUAUAAUAAUAAUAAUAACAAAGUGUCUGUAAAGGUUUCCAAUCAACACUGUGUCGACCGCCCGCUGUAGAAACACACUAAUAAUUAAUUGCUGGAACAUAUCAGGACUGCUGAUCAGAGUUGAGGUCUAUGCUAAGGCUUUACUAAUGCUAGCAUAUGCCAAGAGUAGGUCUCAAGCGGACUGUGUAAUUAGCUGUGUGUUUGGUCCAGUCCGGAGCAGAGACUCUGGGACUCUGUAAUCUGCAGUGUGGCUCCCGAACCCCAAAGUCUCGGUGGUGGAAGAGUUCAACAUCAAUAUUCAGACAGAUGUUUAUCUUCAAUAAAAACAUGUAUGU